GCCACCACCACGGUGUAUGUCACCGUCCUGGAUGAGAACGACAACGCUCCGGCUUUCCGGCAGCAGCUGUACGAGGUGACCCUUGACGAAGGUCCCGCCACGCUCAACGCCACCCUCGUCACCGUGCAGGCCAUGGACCAGGAUGAGGGACCCAACGGCACAGUUGCGUACACCAUCACCGAAGGAAACAUCUUGGGUACCUUCCACAUCGACAGCACCACGGGCCAGAUCCGCACGGUGAAGGAGCUGGACUACGAGAUCAGUCACGGGCGCUACACCUUGAUCGUCACCGCCACUGACCAGUGCCCCAUCGUCUCGCGCCGGCUGACGUCGACCGCCACGGUGCUGGUGAACCUCAAUGAUAUCAACGACAACCGUCCCACCUUCCCUCGGCCGUACGAAGGUCCCUUUGACGUCACGGAAGGGCAGCCUGGCCCACGCGUCUGGACCUUCCUGGCCCACGAUGGCGACUCGGGACCCAGCGGGCAAGUGGAGUACAGCAUCAUCGCCGGCGACCCACUCGGGGAGUUUGUGAUCUCCCCGGUGGAAGGGGAGCUGCGGGUGCGGAAGGAUGCUGAGCUGGACCGCGAGAACAUCCCUUUCUAUAAUCUCACCAUUGCCGCCCGGGACCGGGGGAUGCCCCCCCUCAGCUCCACGAUCCUGGUGGGUGUCCGUGUGCUGGACAUCAAUGACAAUGACCCCGUGCUCCUCAACCUCCCAAUGAACCUCACCCUCAGCGAGAACGCCCCCGUCUCCAGCUUCGUCACCCGCGUCCUCGCCCGGGAUGCGGACAAGGGGCCGAACGCCCUCCUGACCUUCGACAUAACAGCAGGCAACACGGAGAACGCCUUCUACAUCAACAGCACCAGCGGCAUCAUCUACGUAAACCGCCCGCUGGACAGGGAGCGGGUGGCGGAGUACAGGCUGACCGUCACGGUGAAGGACAACCCUGAGAACAUACGCAAUGCCAGGCGGGAUUUUGACCUGUUGGUCAUUUCCAUAGCGGAUGAGAACGACAACCGCCCCCUCUUCACCCAGAGAGCCUACCAGGCCGAGGUGAUGGAGAACUCACCCCCGGGGACUCUGGUCACGGUGCUCAAUGGACCCAUCCUAGCUCUGGACGGCGACCAGGGCAGCAAUGCUGUGGUGACCUACCAGCUCCUGGAGGCAUCCCUGGACCUCUUUGUUAUUGAUAACAGGACAGGUGUCGUUUCAGUGAAGCCCGGCAGCUUGAUAGACCGAGAGGCUUUGCUGGACCCUCACUUGGAGUUCACGCUGGUGGCUUGUGACGUGGGGGGGCUGAACAGCACUUCCAGCCUGGCGGUGACCAUCCUAGAUGACAAUGACAACCGCCCUGUCUUCCAGCCGGCAUCUGUCAUGGCAUGGCUGCGGGAAAACAGCCCCCCAGGCUUCUCCAUCCUCCAGGUGACAGCCACAGAUGCUGACAGCGGCCUCAACCAGCAGCUGGAUUACCGGAUCGAGGGCGGGGGGCCGGACAGGCUGAUCGCCGCCGCCACGGGAGUGAUACGCGUGGCCAAUAUCAGCAUCGACCGGGAGGAGCGGGAUGCCUACCGGCUGAUGGUGGUGGCCGUGGACCAGGGCACGCCAGCGCUCUCAAGCACCGCCACCGUCAACCUCUUCAUUGACGACGUCAACGACUGCCGGCCCGAGUUCAUCAACCCCAUCCAGACAGUCAGCGUCCCCGAGUCAGCCGCCCCUGGCACCAUGGUGGCCGAGGUGACUGCCAUCGACCGGGACCUCCACCCCCGCCUGGAGUACUACCUGCUGGAGAUCGUGGCCCGCGAUGACAUGGACGCACUGGUGCCCGACCAGCAAGGAGCAUUCACCGUGGAUUUUAGGACAGGAGCUGUGAAGAUCAAAACCCCCCUCAACCGGGAACUAGUGGCCACCUACGAGGUCACCGUCUCCGUCCACGACAAUGCCAGCGAAGUCAUCGACCGCUCGGUCAGCGUGCCCAACGCCAAGCUGACAGUCAACGUCUUGGAUGUCAACGACAACACGCCCCGCUUCCGCCCCUUCGGGGUCACCUAUUUCACCGAGAGGAUCCUAGAAGGAGCCACGCAGGGCACCACACUCAUCUCCAUCUCAGCAGUGGACCCAGACAAAGGUGCCAACGGGCAGAUCACCUAUGAGCUGCGCAACCUCUCCCCAAAAAAAGACCAGUCGGCAGGGAAGGUCGUGGCCAACAGGACGGUGGACUAUGAGGAGGUGCAGUGGCUGAACUUCACUGUUCGAGCUUCCGACAACGGCUCUCCCCGCAGAUCUGCCGAGAUCCCUGUGUACCUCCAGAUAGUGGACAUCAAUGACAAUAAUCCUGUUUUCAGCCAACCGUCCUACCAGAAAGCUGUCUUUGAGGACGUGCCGUUGGGUACAGUCAUCCUGAGGGUCAAGGCCACGGAUGCAGAUGCUGGGCGGUUUGCUCUCAUCCAGUACAGCCUGGGGGAUGGAGAGGGCAAAUUUGGGAUAAAUCCCAACACGGGGGACAUCUACAUCCUGUCAGCCCUGGACCGGGAGAAGAAGGAUCACUACACACUGACAGCUGUGGCCAGGGACAACCCUGGGGACAUCUCCAGUAACCGUCGGGAGAACUCCGUGCAGGUGCUGAUCACAGUCCUGGACAUCAACGACUUCAGGCCCCAGUUCAGCAAGAGCCAGUUCAGCACCAACGUCUACGAGAAUGAGCCGGCGGGGACAUCGGUGAUCACCAUGACCGCCACCGACUUGGACGAAGGGGACAACGGCGUGGUGACCUACAGCAUUGAGGGCCCUGGAGCGGAGGCUUUCAAGAUCAAUAAAGACUCCGGGCUCAUCACAUCCCGGCGGCGCUUGCAGUCCUAUGAGAGGUUCAACCUGACCGUAGUGGCCACAGACAAGGGGCGUCCCCCUCUCUGGGGGACCACCAUGCUCCACGUGGAGGUCAUAGACAUCAAUGACAACCGCCCAGUCUUUGUCCGCCCGCCCAACGGCACCAUCCUGCACAUCAAGGAGGAGAUCCCCCUGCGGUCCAACGUCUACGAGGUCUACGCCACGGACAAAGACGAGGGCCUCAAUGGAGCGGUGCUCUACCACCUGCUGAAAACCGGAGCAGGGAACAAAGACUGGGAGUAUUUCAGCAUCGAUUCGGUCAGCGGGCUAAUCCAGACAGCCAUGCGGCUGGACCGGGAGAAGCAGGCGGUGUACAACCUGAUCAUCGUGGCCUGCGACCAGGGCCAGCCAGCCUACGAGACCAUGCAGCCCCUCCAGGUCGCACUCGAUGACAUCGAUGACAAUGAGCCCGUCUUCCUCAGGCCACCCAGGGACAGUCCCCAGUACCAGGCACUCUCCGUCCCUGAGCACUCGCGCCCGGGCACCGUGGUGGGGAAUGUCACCGGGGCGGUGGAUGCAGAUGAGGGCUCCAACGCCAUUGUCUACUACUUCAUAGCAGCUGGAAACAGGGAGAGCAACUUCCAGCUGAGCCGAGAGGGCAAGCUGCAGGUCUUGCGAGACCUGGAUCGGGAGAAGGAGCCAUACUACUCCAUCAUCGUCAAAGCAUCCAGCCAGAGGAACUGGUCUCCUCCCCGGGGCCAGCGGACGGGCAGAGCCCAGCCUUGGGACCUCAGCAGGGACCUGACCCUUCAGGAGGUGCGAAUCUUCCUGGACGACAUCAAUGACCAGUCCCCACAGUUCACCAAGUCGGAGUACACGGCCGGGGUUGCCACUGACGCCAAGGUAGGAUCUGAGCUGAUCAGAGUGGUCGCAGUGGAUGCUGACGUGGGCAAUAAUAGCCUGGUCCUGUACAACAUCAUGGGCAUCCACUACAUCAAGCAGCACUCCAACGAGUCCGAGGAGGUGGCCAGCAUCUUCAGCAUCGGAAUCCUUGAUGGGAUCCUGCGAACCUUUGACCUCUUCACGGCCUACAACCCUGGCUACUUUGUGGUGGACAUCAUGGCCUCUGACCUGGUGGGCCACAACGACACAGCCAUCGUGGGGAUUUACAUACUGCGGGAUGACCAGCGGGUCAAAAUCAUUAUCAACGAGAUCCCUGACAAGGUCAGGCAGUUCGAGGAGGAGUUCAUCAGCCUGCUCUCCAACAUCACGGGCGCCAUCGUCAACACAGAUGAUGUGCAGUUCCAUGUUGACAAGAAAGGUCGGGUGAACUUCGCACAGACAGAGCUGCUGAUCCACGUGGUGAACAGGGAGACCAACCGCAUCCUGGAUGUAGAGCGGGUGAUUCAGAUGAUAGACGAGAACAAGGAGCAGCUGAGGAACCUCUUCAGGAACUACAACGUGCUGGACGUGCAGCCCGCCAUCACUGCCCGGGCCCCGGACGACCUCUCAGCUCUGCAGAUGGCAAUCAUCGUGCUGGCCGUCCUGCUCUUCCUGGCUGCCAUGCUUUUCAUCCUCAUGAACUGGUACUAUCGGACAGUGCACAAAAGGAAACUGAAAGCCAUAGUGGCUGGCUCCACCGGGAACAGAGGCUUCAUGGACAUCAUGGACAUGCCGAACACCAACAAGUACUCCUUCGACGGGGCCAACCCCGUGUGGCUGGACCCCUUCUGCAGGAACAUGGAGUUGGCGGCGCAGGCAGAGCACGAGGACGACCUGCCGGAGAACCUGAGUGAGAUCACCGACCUCUGGAACAGCCCUGCCCGCACCCACGGGACAUUCGGGAGAGAGCCCUCCGCCGCCAAGCCCGAGGACGACCGCUACCUGCGGGCAGCCAUCCAGGAGUACGACAACAUUGCCAAGCUGGGGCAGAUCAUGCGGGAGGGACCCAUCAAGGGCUCUCUCUUGAAGGUGGUCCUGGAUGAUUACAUGCGCUUGAAAAAACUCUUUGCCCAGCGGAUGGUGCAUAAGGCCACCGCCAGUCAGGGGGACCGCUCCUCGGUCUCGGAGCUGAUCCAGAAGGAGCUGGAGGAGGAGGAGGAGGAGGAGCGCAGCCCCGGCCAGGGCAGCCUCCGCUUCCGACACAAGCAGCCGGUGGAGCUGAAAGACAACCCCGGCGCCCGGUCGGCCAAGUCCACCCCCUUGCACAAGAUGCGGGAGGUGAUCAUGGAGAGCCCGCUGGAGAUCACCGAGUUAUGA